CCGGCUGAGGGCGGCGGGCGGCCGCGCCGUGGUGGCGCGCGCCCGUGUGCUUAGUUCCUGGUUAACAUAGAAAUGCGGAGUGUCUUGGCCGAAUCCUCACGCAGACAAGAUCAUUAUGGUCCUGGUUGGAAAAGUGAUACAUUAGUUAAAAGAGACAAAGUGGAAAGCCCAGAAGGAAAAGAAAAUAUUGUUCUGGUUGAUCUACAUGACCAGCCUGGCUGCUGCAAAGGAAGAUUCCACCAAAGGGAGUGACUGAAGACGUGAGUAUGAAUCUGGCCCGGCAGCUGACCUGUUGCAGUGGUUUCCUUUAAGAUUCUAGAGACAAGUUUCCUUUGAGAUUCUACAAUUUGCUGUCCUUAGACAAUAGCUUUCAUUCUUCACUGAAGGAUAGAAGUUCAGUCUUGAAGAGUAUUCAAACUGAAGUCACUGCAGGUGUGUUAGCAGCACUGCUUCUGGAACAAAAGACUCACCGCGUCUCGGAAGAGAAUGGCCCUUUCCCAGGGAAUAGCCUUUUUCGUGCUGGUAGCGUCCUGUGUGUGCAGCACUGUCUUCCACAGACAGCAGCAGACUUGGUUUGAGGGGGUCUUCCUGUCCUCCAUGUGCCCGGUCAGCGUCAGCGCCGGCACCUUGUAUGGAAUUAUGUUUGACGCAGGGAGCACUGGGACACGAAUUCAUGUUUACACCUUCGUGCAGAAAAUGCCAGGACAGCUUCCAGUUCUGGAAGGGGAAAUUUUUGAUUCUGUGAAGCCAGGACUUUCUGCUUUUGUAGAUCAACCUAAGCAGGGUGCUGAGACUGUUCAAGAGCUCUUAGAGGUGGCCAAAGACUCAAUCCCUCCAAGUCACUGGAAGAGAACGCCAGUGGUCCUAAAGGCAACAGCGGGGCUGCGCUUACUGCCAGAAGAGAAAGCUGAUGCACUGCUCUUUGAGGUAAAAGAGAUCUUCAAGAAAUCACCUUUCCUGGUACCAGAUGACAGUGUUAGCAUCAUGGAUGGAUCCUAUGAAGGCAUAUUAGCUUGGGUUACUGUGAAUUUUCUGACAGGUCAGCUGCACGGCCACAACCAGGAGACUGUUGGGACCCUGGACCUGGGAGGGGCCUCCACCCAAAUCACGUUCCUGCCUCAGUUCGAGAAAACCCUGGAACAAACCCCUAGGGGCUACCUCACUUCCUUUGAGAUGUUUAACAGCACUUAUAAGCUCUAUACACAUAGUUACUUGGGAUUUGGAUUGAAAGCUGCAAGACUAGCAACCCUGGGAGCCCUGGAGACAGAAGGAAUUGAUGGACACACUUUCCGAAGUGCCUGUCUGCCGAGAUGGUUGGAAGCAGAGUGGAUCUUUGGGGGUGUGAAAUACCAGUAUGGUGGCAAUCAAGAAGGAGAGGUGGGCUUUGAGCCCUGCUAUGCGGAAGUGCUGAGGGUGGUGCAAGGAAAACUUCAUCAACCAGAUGAGGUCCAGAGAGGCUCCUUCUACGCUUUCUCUUACUACUAUGACCGAGCCGUGGACACAGACAUGAUUGAUUAUGAAAAGGGGGGUGUUUUAAAAGUUGAAGAUUUUGAGAGAAAAGCAAGGGAAGUGUGUGAUAACCUGGAAAACUUCACCUCAGGCAGUCCCUUCCUGUGCAUGGAUCUCAGUUACAUCACAGCCUUGUUGAAGGACGGCUUUGGCUUUGCGAGCAGCACCGUCUUACGGCUCACGAAGAAAGUGAACAACAUCGAGACCGGCUGGGCCUUGGGGGCCACCUUUCACCUGCUGCAGUCUCUGGGCAUCUCCCACUAAGGCGAUGCCAUUCCUCUGAGGCCUGCAUUUGCCAACAUUUUUAAAGGGAGAACGAGAGAGGAUUCUGUUGUGUUCUGAGCUAGUCUGGGGGCCACCUGGACUGAAGCCCAGCAGCUGGUUUCAUCAAGAGGAACGGGCUUUUGUAAACAAGUCUUGCCCUUGGGUCUAGAGAUUUGGGUUUAAUUAAUUUUACACAUCAAAUGUGAACUGUUUCCUAACCACUCUUCAUGCACAGCUGGUACCAGUAUCUAAAUCUUUGAGGUUCCUUGUGUAUCAGAGAGCCAAAAGUAACAGCUUUGGGACUUAUAACCUUGGGGAACCCAGGGAUGGAACCGUGGCAACCAAAGAAAAAUCUCAUUUCAGCCCUUUUAGUGCCUCAUCCCUUUGAACAUUUUAAUUAUCCUCUUAGAUGUUAAACUGAUGACAGUCCCAUGACCUUUUGACACUGGUGUUUUUCCUACACUUUGCCCUGUCCCACCUUUACUUCCACUUACCUGCCCUUAAAGAAAAAGGUUUUGCUUUCCAUGUGUAAUUCAGAGAAAAACACCAUAUCUGAAGUUACACGAUCCCACUUUGUGUUAGUGCCAACCCAGCAGCUGAGAGCAGCCAUUCUAAAUCUCAGCAGGAUGGAGAGCAACUCCUCAUUGGCCAGAAGGGGGACAUCCAGUUAAGGGGACACAUUUUGGGAGGGUGUGGCUGCCUUGUACAGACCGCCUUUUAAUCAACUUUUUAUCAGUCAACCCUCGGAUUAAUGAACACAUCCAAUCUUAUAUAAGGAGUAUGUGUGUUUCCACUGCAAAUACCUCCUCCUACGCUUGUGUUUAUAUUGUCAUCUUAAAUUUUAUUUCUUUGUAUUUCUAAUACAGCUAUACCCUGGCUUCUGGUAAGAGGCCUGUGGGUAUGCUUUCCAAGGACCUAGAUUUUGGUAAUAGCCCCUUUCAGCUUGCCCUUUUAGUCUCUUCAUAGCAGUGUCUCUUUCUGACCUGCCCCCUGAUCAUUUCAUUCUCUACAUAGCUGUCUAGUCCCAGGGUUUCUGAUACCCUUCCUGGUGACACAUUUGACUUGGUUGGCCAUCUUGGCCCACUUCCAUAUAGUUGAUGCUCACUUUGAAUAUUCAGCAUCUGAUUUUGUGAAUUAUUUCCCCUAAAGUCCAUUAUCUUGUUCUCUCCCACAUGACCAGCAUUUGCUUGUCUACCCAGUUGAUUGUUCUUGGACUUGGAAGAUCUUCCUGUAGUCUGGCUCUUUACCUCCAGCUGCCUUCCAGCAGAAUUGUAUCUCUACACACUUGUAGCUUCCACAGUAGACUCAGCUUUUUCACAUAAAUAUACUCGGCUCUCACACCA